UUUCUACCAAUAGCACAAAGCUUUAAGCAGGAUUACAGCUAACUUUACACCUUUCAAGAUGACUGUUCCGUCGUUUGAAACCAUCUUCGCGGUGCCGAUGACCUGCCAGUCAUGCAUCAACGACAUUGAAGGUUCUCUGCAGCAGUUGGGUGGUAUCAACAAAGUCACUGCCAACCUCAAAGAUCAACUAGUAUCUAUCGAGGGUACAGCAGCACCAUCGGCAAUCGUUGAAGCUAUUCAAGCUACUGGUCGUGAUGCAAUUCUAAGAGGAUCUGGAAGAUCAGACAGCGCCGCAGUUUGCAUUCUAGAAUCGCAUGCACCGCAUGUAGAGAACAAGGUUCGAGGGCUUGUGCGCAUGGUGGAAGUGGCUCCAAGUAUGACCAUCAUUGACCUGAGUAUACGAGGAUUGUCGCCUGGAACAUACCAUGCAACUAUCCGCGAAUCUGGCAACAUAUCCGACGGACCUGAAUCUACCGGCGCCAUCUGGGAACAUCACAAAGCCAAACAGGAGGGCAAGCCGUGUCGAGGCGUCUUUGGAACCGUUCAGGUAGGGAAGGGUGGAGUCGGAUCUGUGUUCCUGGAUAAGCCCAUCCACAUCUGGGAGAUGAUCGGACGCAGCAUCGUAGUUGCAAAGGAGCAAGACGGCAAGUUUGAUAAGAACGAUCCGGAUACGCUAGUGGGUGUCAUUGCACGUAGCGCUGGUGUUUGGGACAACGACAAGACGGUAUGUUCGUGUUCCGGAAAGACGGUCUGGCAGGAGAGAGAGGAGCAGCGCGACCGUGGGAUGCUAUGAGCUCAAGACAGACCAAGAUAGCCCAAGAAGUCCACAAGUGCCGUCGAAAUGCCGUGUUGG